AAGCAAGAUUUAUAAUUCGAUUGUUUACUCCUUUCGAAAUAAGUUUAUAAUAUUCGAUGUACGUGCUAUCUUUACUUAAACUUAAAAAUUUUACCCGCGUGAACUGCGCGCGUCGGUAGAUAAACCCGCGAACGCGCAGAAACCGUUAACCCUGAGUUCGAUCAGUAGUUCUAAUGUUGAACUACCCUGAUCGACGAAAACAAUAAUUCGUAGACGAGCAAUCACUAAAUUUAGAAAUUAUAGUACCGCACGAAGCAGGACAAAGGACGUUGUUCUGCGUUCGUUGUCGGCUCUCACAGUGACGUCUACGUUGGUUAAAUUGGUGAUAAUUCCUGUCCAAUGGUCCAGAUCGUGCAAAAUAGAACCGACCGACCAUCAGCUAUUGUGUGCAUUGCGUAUCGUCAAUUAAGUACAAUGACCGGCAUUAAAGAUCCGACUGAACAACCGAAGUUGGAGAAAAUAAAACAAGGAAAUGAUCAAAUGAAUGCUAUUGUUAAAAAACGUUUUACGGAUUUAACAAAUACUUACAUGCAAGAUUUAUUCAAGUUUUCUGAAGACAUGACAGAAUCCUUCAGGUCAAUAUUAGAUAAUAUAAAAGUUCGUAUCGAACAAUUGCACGGACAGAAUCGAUCUAUAUUUGAUUUAUUUUCACUUUCGCCACUGCAAAAAUGGUCUCAACGUGAACACUAAAUGAUCGAAGAUGUGGAAGUAUCAAUGUUUUUUGAUAUAUACAUAUUUUUGAAAGAUAUACUUGUACCUUAAUUGACCAAAAUAUUUAAGUCUGCACAUUCUUGAUGAAAUAAAAGCGUUAUGAAUGUUUAAAACCUAAAAUUACUUUAAUAAAGGAAAGUCUAGAGAAAAAGCAAUUAUUAUUUACUUAUUAGGACACCUUAAUUAUUAAAUACUGAUAUUAUUUUAUUACAUAACGACAGUAAUUAAAACGUAAUUGAUGUUUAAGGUUUCAAAUUUAACGGUCAAAAUAUUGCAAACAUAUAUGUUUCGAUAGGUCGACAUAGCGUACGUUGUACGCCAUCUUAGUGGAGUACUAUUACCGCCAAUCUACUACGUUUCAAUGAAUUUUGUUACUUACUAUAUAACUAAAAUUUAAUGUUAUUUUCGGAUUGAUGUCUCUGAGUAUUUGAUUAGUUUAUUAUUUAAACAAUCGGUUUUUGUUCUUUGAGUUCUAUGUGGCAGAAUGUCAAGUCAGUACUGUUUUCUCUGUGCGAGUGAUGAAGGUGUUUUCUUGGAUGUUACAGCGGACAACAAACAAAUGUAUUAUGACCAACUCGAAAUCUGCUCACUUAUUAAGGUACUAAAAGCAGAUCAAUUGCCAACCAAAAUUUGUCAUAAAUGUGCAUAUGAAUUAAAUCAAUGCAGCUCUUUUAUAGAAAAAUAUAAACGUGCUACAAAGCAAAAAAUAAAUGUUCGCAGACAGUGUUGUAGUCUAUGUCGUGAACCAGCAAAAAACGAAUUUAUCUUUGAUAUUAGUAAAGAGAAGAACUUACAGUAUAAUCCAUUUUACAAAAUACAGGAAUUCCUUAAUACAAAGAACAGUGGAAAUGUUUAUGGAGAGUAUAAAUUCAUAUGUUUAUCUUGCCGAUAUGUGAUAGAUGUAUUGGUAGAUUUAAAGAACAUAUGUGAAGAAACUACAAUUAAAUUGGAAGAUACAGUUGAUAAAAAAAUAAAUUACUUAACUUUCCCUAAGAUAAAAACAACCAUUGUAAAUCGCAAAACUACCAGCACUGAAUCUAAAAGAAUAAAUUUAAACGCAUUUCUGGAAUCAGAGAGUGAUUCUGACGAAAUGACUCGCACACGAUCUCGAAAUAACAAAUUAAACGAACAAACAAAGUCGCAAGUUUGUAAUAAAUGUCAUAAUUCUAUUAAAACUGAUGAUGAUAUAUUCAAAAUUCAUAAAACAGGAGAAAUUGUAUGUAAAUGUUGUUGGAAAAAUAUGGAUAUUCAUAAAAGUAAGCCUGAGAAAGAAGUAUCAAACAACAAACAAAUCAAACUUUGUACAGUUUUUUUAAAAGAUGUAUUAAAAGAUUCUAAAAUAAAGAAGGAGAACCUCUAUAGGAUUGAUGAGGAUGAUGAAGGCAAUAAGACAUAUGUUGUAAUGGCCACAAAUUUGACAAAUGAAAAUAAAUCCAGUAAGCCAAUUAGUGAUAUAAGAAAUGAUAUGGAAAAGCAAAGUCAAAAGCGUUCUAGUAAAAGUCUAAGGACUGCAGAUAAGGACUCAAGUAGUGAAGAUGUACCUAAUAAAAAACACAAGCCUGAUGCAAAAGAAAUAAGUGAAAUUGACUCAAAACAGUCCAGUUUGGUUGCACAACAGGCAAAGCAAGUUACACAGAAGGAUGGUAAGCGUAAUAUUAAUCAAAGUUCUGAUUCAGAUUCUUCUAUUCCAAAAAUUUCAAAAAAUAGCGGCCGCCGUUUAACAAGACAUAAACGAGCAACUGGCUCAUCCUUAUCAGAUGCAGAUAUUGACAAUAAGUAUAAUCGUAAAAGAUUAAAAACUAUUUUAAGUGGUAUUCCUAUAAGAAGAAAUCGUAAUGUAGACGUGAGUGACGAAUCGUCAUCGAAUGAGGAUGUUGUGUCAAAGAGAAAGCGAUUGAGCUUUACAAGUACUUCAUCUGUUACUAUAGAAAUAUGUGAUGACGAUAACGAUCAGGAAAACUUUGAAAAGAAUGUACGAAAAACGAACAGAAAGAAUACGAAAAAACUCGCGAAACUUCCUACAGUUACAAAUUCCCAAGAAUUGCAGUCCCCAAAAUCUGAUGAUAAAGAUGAUAUAUUUAAGACUCAAACAUAUGUAUGCGAUGAAUGUGGAGCUAGUUAUGAAAAUAAAUUUAUAGGUUUGACACACAAAUUGACACACUAUAAACAACCACAAUUAAAGUUACAGAAAUUAAGUAAUGAAAUUUGGAUGAAAGAAACACCAGGUUCAAGCAAAGCAGUAGAUGAUCAGGUAGAAGAUUUGUCUGAGACUAUAAAAAUUACUGUAGAAGAUGAUGAAGAAGAAUUGAUGGAAAGUGAAAAGAAUUUUAACACAAGUAAUCGUGCAGAUAUAAAUUCUAAUACAGGAAGUAAUAUUAAUUCGCCUAAAAAGGAACCAGUAGAAGAUGCUGUUGAUGUAAAACUUAUCAUGAAAGAAUCUGAUGAUGAUCAGACACAUAAGACUGAGAAAGAAACAGAAAAUCUACAAGAAGAUGAAGUUGCAGAAAUAAAUAUCAUAAGUUUGUCGCAAAAUGAAACUAAAACUAAAGAAGGCAUGAAUAAAGAAAGUGAAAAAGAAAAGGGUUAUAAUAAUAAUGAUGAAACUGAUAAAAAUAUUCAUGGAUCUAUAAAAUGUGUGAAUUCAGAAGAAAUAAUGGAAAUUUCACAUAGUAAUUCUGAAGACAAACAAGAAAAUAAUAAAGAAAAAUAUAAACAGAUGGAGGAAGAUAAACAAGAAAAUGAGAAAGAUAAACAAGAAAAUGAGAAAGAUAAACAAGAAAAUGAGAAAGAUAAACAAGAAAAUGUGGAAGAUAAACAAGAAAACGAGGAAGAUAAACAAGAAAACGAGGAAGAUAAACGAAAAAACGAAGAAGGUAAACAAGAAAACGAGGGAAAUGAACGAGAAAAUGAAAAAAAUAAACAAGAAAACGAGGAAGAUAAAAGUAAGGUAGAGGAAAAACAAAUUGAAGUGGUUGAAGAAGUUGAAAAAGUUAAAGUAGUUGAAGAAAUUUUAGAUAUUAAAGAUGAUGAGAAAGGAAAACAGGAAAAGGAACAAAAGGAGGCGAUGUGCAACGGGCAAGCGAUUCAAACGAUUGAUACAGAAAGUUUAAAGAAAUUCAGUGAAGAUUGUGUUGAGGAUAUUAUGGAAGAAAAUGAUAUUGAUGUUUCAAAGAAAAUUGAACAAAAUGAUAUUAAACAUAAAGAAACGAACAACGGAACGGACAUAGCCGAUGAUGAAGGUGAUUUAACAAUACUUGCUGAACAAAGAUCGCCUAAAUCGAUACAAAAAAGAAUAUCCUGUAAUGAAAAUAGAAUGCAAAUAAAAGUAGAUGAUUCUGAUUCAAAAAAAUCAGAAGUUUUGGAGAGGACUGUAUUACUCGAAGAAGAUACGACUGAUGAGAGUUUCAAUAGAAAUGAUGUGGAAAUCGUGGAUGUAGAUUCUCCACAACGAAAAGAUUCAAUGAGCGAUUCUGCAAAUGCAGUAGCAGAAGUGUUACGAGAAGUACUUGAUUUAGCAAGUGCAAAAGUUGUAAAACGACAAGAAGUUAUUGAUAUAGAUAUCGACACCGAUUCCAUCGAAACGGAGACUUUGGAAAACAUAUCACGUGAAAUACAAAAUAUUGUCGAUAUGCCAUCUCUCAAAAUUGACGACUCCAAAACUGAAAGUGAAACACAUGUGGAGUAGUGUAUAAAUAUACAUAUAUAUUUAUGAGAUCACUUUUUUAUAAAACUUAAAUAUAGUUUUUACACAGUCAAAAGGUCAAGUUUCCUCCGCUUCUGUUGCUUAGAAGAUGUACCAUAUUAUUAAUUCUCAUUUAUAUGGAAGGUAUAAAAUGGAACAAUUAUUUCAUUGAUAUUUCAAAUUAAAAGAUGAAGUGUACAAUGGUAUUUUACUUUUCAGAGAUUAGUAGCCUUUUGUAUACGAGUUCAUUUUAACAUAGAAACACUUAAAAAUAUUUUAUUACAUCACAUACACAAAUGCCUAUAAUUUUGUGUCAUAUAAUUCGUUGUGGAAGCGUUAUCCGUUGUCAUAGAUUAAUAGUGUGCGAUUUCUACACACACACACACACACACAUACACACACACACACGCGCGCGCGCGCGCGCGCGCGCGAUAUUUAAUGCUCUUUUGUAUUUUUGUUUGUGCAACAAAAAAGAUUAUAUUAUAUUAUAUUAUAUAUAUAUACUCUUAAAAAGCUUAUUUCUAAUUAUUACUAUAUUUGGUAAUUAGCUGUUUUAUUUACAGGAAUCUCCAUGCUUUUUACAUUCUGUUUUUUUUCUUAGUAAGAUAAGCAAGAAACAUAUUGUAUGCAGGUUCUAAAUAAUUUACCGUUGCACAUUAAUUGAAGAUAUUUGGGCCAAGUUGUACAGAAUGCUAUCAAUCCUCGAUGGUCUAAAAUUGAGAAAAAUAUAUUUUGAAAAGUCUAAUUUAAAAAACGGAAAUAGAUUUAUAUCUUUUGGAUAUAUUUUAUUUCUUGUUCUUUUAUAACGUUUUUCAAUGGCUUAUUUAAUAGUAAAUAGUAUAAUUAAUAUAUGGUUUGGAAGUUUUCUGUAAAAUAAUUAUAAGCUUAAAAUAGAACUAUGGCUUGGUAAUUUUAAUAAUUAUAUAAUGUAAGAGUCGUUCUAUGGGUUAGCUAUUUUUUGCAAAAUAAAGGUUAUAAUAUUAUGGGAUCUGUAAUGUGUUUAACUAAUGUGUAAUGUAAUGUGUUUAUUAUUUUGAGGGUUGGUAGAUUUCUGUAUAAUCUGGCCAAUUUCAAUGUUAAUUUCUAAUUACUUAAUUCUAUUAAAUCUUUUUUAAUUUUUUCUAAUUUUUCUAUGGCAACGAGUAAGAAUUGAAUAGUCGUUUGUGUGCAAUGUAAUCACAAGACUUGUUAUUACUAUUUUAUUAGUACAGUGAUUUCUUAGCCCAUAAUAUUUUUAAUUUGAUAUUUCUUAUUUGUCUUAUUUAAUUGUUUAAGUUACUUUAGAAGUCUACAGUUUUUUAAAUCUUGCUAUUAUAAAUUGAUCAUACGUACUGACGAAUUAACAUCACUAAAAAUCUCGCGUUAUAAGCUCGCCGUACAUCGUUGUUGUUUUUGUCUUAAUUUUGUUAUCUUAUCUUUAUAUUUUUUACGUAAUUAAUUAAUUUUUUUGAGAAUAUUAUUUAGAGAUGAGUCUAACUAUAAGCAAGUCGCUUGUUUAUGAUUUCCGCGGCAUUGUAAUGAGAAACAGGAAGUUCUUAUAUUUAAAUAUAAAGUUAGAUAUGUAUAAGGUGAAAUAAAAGAAUGGGAUACUUGUAGUAAUAAAUUUUAUUAAUCAUAACUAUUACAUAUGGAGUUUUAGAGUCGCGAUGUUGCUUGAUCGUUGUGAAGUGUAGAAGACAACGACGAUGAAAGCGUGUCCGAAUUUUCAUGCUGGAUUUCUAAGUCUGACUUUGUAUCUGAAACAUUCGUAAAAAAAUUACAUUAUGAUACAAUAAUUAUGAACGGGUUUACAUACGUGCAUGAUAUAUUCGAUAUUCAGUCAAGUGUGAGAUACUAAAACAACAAAAUCGAGAUAUAAUUUGACUUUUAUUGAAUAAUAAAGACAUAUUGAAUAAUAAAGAUCGUGGAGGUUUUAGUAUUUUAAGUAAACGUCCGUUAAAUGUAUAAAAUUUAAGAAAGGAAGUGAUGGCCAUCGUAACACGAUAGUCAGUGAAUUAGUGUAACGAAAAACAUAUAGCGUAUUUAAUGAGAAAUCUAAUGGACAUCAUUAAAACAUGUAUAUAAUAUAAGUGUGCAAUUAUCAAAACUGAGAAUCUUUUGAAAGUUUUGCAAAUAUCGUAAUUGAUUUUAACAAAGAUUGAAACACACACUGAUAGUGUUAGUAUGAAAAGCGCCCUUUUUUGUCUCAAUUUUGAUCAUUGUCUAAGAAAUCUUUGAUUAAUCAUAAGAAUACAAAUCUAAAAACAAAAGGAGUUAUAUACAUUACAGUAGUACGUGAUGACUGAGUAAAAAAUUCAUAUUGAAUUUUAAUUACCCAAGGUCUCCUCAAUCCAAAAGAUCUCUCUGUAACUUUUCCACCGACAAAGUUUCAACGUUGCAUUUUCAUCAUAUUCACCGCAUCGUAGUAACAAAUCGAUAUAUUUCUGGAUUCUUUCUUGCCCUUCAAAGAUUAAUACCACCGUUAUGUAUACAUUAAAAAUUUUUAUCGCACUCAGUUAUUAUUGUAAUACGUAAAGGAUAACUUAUAUGUACAUUUAAUCUAUCUAUUAAUUAAAUAUUCAACGUCAUGAUACAACUUGUAUUAUGUAGAUAUUUAUAAAUUGUUAAAAUAUGUAAAAUAAAGCAAAUAGUGGAUGUAUUUCCAUAUACUUGAGAAAAGA